CUUCUUCCCUUGUGCAGACCACAACAGAGCAAAGCAGCAAAGCAGAGCAUCCAUCAUGCUGCACGGCAAGCUCCGCCUCCAGCCCCAUCCUCACCCUCCGGUCGCCCCCUUCUCCGUCCCGCCGCCAUUCUCGCCGCCCACCACCACCACCUCCUCUUCGUCGCGCACCCACCACCUCGUCCACUCCGCCAUUUCCCCCGCCGCACCACUCUCUACUACCCACCAAGACGAUGACGCCCUCCUCGCCCUCCUCCGCGCCGGCGACACCGACGCCGCCUACCGCCUCUUCGCCUCCUCCCCCUCCCUCCCCGAGUCCCCCACCGCCGCCUCCCGCCUCCUCGCCCAGCUCUCCUACACCUCCACCUCCUCCCGCACCUUCUCCCGCGCCGCCGGCCUCCUCCACCGCCUCCGCGCCCAGGGCGGCCUCACCCUCCUCGACGCCAACUCCCUCUCCCUCGCCGCCUCCGCCGCCGCCCGCUCCGGCAACGCGCACCUCGCCUACUCCCUCCUCCUCUCCAUGCUCCGCCGCGGCCUCCUCCCCGACCGCCGCGCCUACACCGCCGCCGUCUCCCGCCUCGGCCCCGCCCGCGCGCUCCGCCUCUUCCACGCCGUCCUCCACCACCUCCGCCGCGCCCCGCCCUCCCCCUCCUCGCUCCCCGACACGGCCGCCUUCAACGCCGCGCUCAGCGCCUGCGCGGACGCCGGCGACUGCCGCCGCUUCCGCGACCUCUUCCACGAGACGCGCAACUGGGGCGCCGGCGCCGCGCCCGACGCCCUCACCUACAACAUCGCCAUCAAGAUGUGCGCGCGCGCCGGCCGCCGGGACCUCGUCGCGCGCGUGCUCGAGCGGAUGCUCGCCGCCGGCCUCGCCCCCUGCGCCACCACCUUCCACUCCCUCGUCGCCGCCUACGUCGGCUUCGGCGACAUCCCCACGGCAGAGAACAUCGUGCAGGCCAUGCGGGAAGGCCGCGCCGACGUCUGCCUCCUGCUCCGGCAAGUGGCAGCAGCUGCAGAAAACAACACCCCCGACGAGCACAGCGCUGUGCUUGAGGACGUCGUCGGGGCCAGGCCGGAAGACGGCACCGAGGCGCCGCUGCUGCCGAGGACGUACCCGCCCAACUCCAGGGUGUACACGACGCUGAUGAAGGGGUACAUGAACGCCGGCCGCGUGGACGACGUGGUGGCCAUGGCGCGCGCCAUGCGGCUGGAGGGGGAGACGAUGCCGGAGAGCCGGCCAGACCACGUCACCUACACCACGGUGAUAUCCACCCUCGUGGCCGCCGGCGACGUAGACCGCGCGCACUCCGUGCUCGACGAGAUGGGGAGAGCAGGGGUGCCGGCGACCCGGGUGACCUACAACGUGCUCAUCAAGGGCUACUGCCAGCAGCUGCAGAUGAGCAGGGCCAGGGAGCUCCUGGAGGAGAUGACCACCGACGCCGGCAUCGAGGCCGACGUGGUCACCUACAACACCCUCAUGGACGGGCGCGUUCUCAUGGACGACAGCGCCGGCGCGCUGGCCCUCUUCAACGAGAUGCGGUCGCGCGGGGUGCCGCCGUCCACGGUGAGCUACACGACGCUGAUGAAGGCGUUCGCGGCGUCGGGGCAGCCCAAGGUGGCGCUCAAGGUGUUCGAGGAGAUGGACAAGGACCCCAGGGUGACGGUGGACAGGGCGGCAUGGAACAUGCUGGUGGACGGGUACUGCCAGCAGGGCCUGCUGGACACGGCGAAGCAGAUGGUGGAGAGGAUGAAGGAGCGCGGCGCGCAGCCGGACGUGGCCACCUACGGCAGCCUGGCCAAGGGGAUCGCCAUCGCCAGGAAGCCCGGGGAGGCGCUGGUGCUGUGGAACGAGGUCAAGGAGCGGUGCGAGGCUGGCGCCGGCGGCAAGCCACCGUUCAAACCCGACGAGGAGCUCCUGGACGCGCUCGCCGACGUGUGCGUCCGGGGAGCCUUCUUCAAGAAGGCGCUGGAGAUCGUGGCGUGCAUGGAGGAGAACGGCAUCGCGCCCAACAAGACCAAGUACAAGAAGAUCUACAUCGAGAUGCACUCCAGGAUGUUCACCAGCAAGCACGCGUCGCAGGCGAGGCAGGACCGAAGGCGGGAGCGCAAGAGGGCAGCGGAGGCAUUCAAGUUCUGGCUCGGCCUGCCCAACUCCUACUACGGCAGCGAGUGGCGGAUCAGCCCCCUCGUCAGCACCCAAGACGACGACGACGACGACGACCUCAGCUAGAGGCUAGAGCACAACCCCUCUUCCUUCUGCAUCUCCUCCCAAGAAAGUUUUGACAACUACAAAGAGAUACUAGCAUACUGCUGCAUACAUAAUACUGAUGUUGUAUCACUACAUAAAUCAUGGCAAUGUUACCUUGUAUGAGUAAGUCUUCCAUCUCAUAA